GUCUCAAUCGGGGAUGGAAUAACUUUCUAUCACCUUCAACUUUUUAACAUUCACAACAUUCAUUCAGAUCAUUCAAGGUUAUUCAUCGUCGUUUCGAUUCUUCUGAAGUUGAAUCACAAGAAACGACGAACAUUGCCCCACCUUACUUGAUUUGGAGCCCUCGAGAAUCUGGAAUUCUUAUUUCAGAUUUUCGAUCACAAUACAAUGGAUAUUGGUUCGGCUCCGAUCAAUCGGUGUUCUAAGGAACACCUGAAGGUCUAUCAAGAUUGGUUCGUUUGCGCUGACUCAGAUGGCGAUGGACGUCUUACUGGUGCUGAUGCCACAAAGUUUUUCGGCAUGUCUAAUCUAUCUCGACAAGAUCUGAAACAGGUGUGGGGGAUUGCGGAUUCUAAACGACAAGGGUUUCUUUCUUUCAAAGAGUUUGUUACUGCAAUGCAGUUGAUUUCUUUGGCGCAAGCGGGACAUACAUUGAGCAGUGACCUUGUAAACUCAGACAUUAAUGUUGAAGAUGUGAAUCCACCGGCAAUGGAGGGUCUGGAUAUCUUACUACACAAAAACAAGCGCCAUUCCAGAUCAAGUGAUGUUGAUUGGAAUGGUGGUAGUUCUCAGAUUGAGAUUUCAGCUUCUGGAAGACAUUCAAAGAAAAUUCCCUUAAAGACUGUCACGUCGAUCGUUGAUGGCCUGAAGAAGCUAUACAUUCAGAAACUAAAGCCUUUAGAGUCCAUGCAUCGUUUUAAUGAAUUUGUUUCUCCCACAUUGACCAACAGUGAUUUUGAUGCCAAGCCCAUGGUGAUGCUUUUGGGUCAAUACUCAACAGGGAAAACAACAUUCAUAAAACAUUUGCUUAGAAGUGGUUAUCCAGGAGCUCAUAUUGGCCCUGAGCCUACUACAGAUAGAUUCGUUGCUGUCAUGAAUGGAACUGAUGAGAGAAGUGUUCCAGGGAAUACGGUUGCUGUUCAAGCAGACAUGCCGUUUAAUGGUCUAACGUCUUUUGGAAGUGCAUUCUUGUCUAAAUUCCAGUGUUCUCAAAUGGCUCAUCCUCUGCUGGAGCAUAUUACAUUUAUCGACACACCUGGAGUUCUCUCGGGAGAAAAACAAAGAACACAAAGAAGUUAUGACUUCACAGGUGUCACGUCUUGGUUUGCUGCAAAAUGUGAUCUUAUAUUACUUCUAUUUGAUCCUCAUAAGCUUGAUAUAAGUGAUGAAUUCAAGCGUGUUAUAUCAUCUUUAAGAGGGCAUGAUGACAAAAUCCGUGUGGUCUUGAACAAGGCUGAUCAAGUUGAUACCCAACAACUCAUGAGGGUGUAUGGAGCACUAAUGUGGUCACUUGGUAAAGUUUUGAACACUCCAGAAGUUAUGCGCGUUUACAUCGGUUCGUUUAAUGACAAACCCAUAAACGCAACUGACGAUGGGCCACUUGGGGCAGUAUUAUUCGAGAAAGAGCAGGAUGACCUUCUAAAUGACUUAAAAGACAUACCCAAAAAGGCUUGUGACCGUAGAAUCAACGAGUUUGUGAAACGUGCUAGGGCUGCCAAGAUUCAUGCUUACAUCAUGAGUCAGCUUAAGAAAGAGAUGCCUAGCUGGAUAGGGAAGGCCAAGGCUCAACAGAGGCUAAUUGAUAAUCUAGACCAACUUUUUGAAAAGAUUCAAAGGGAGCAUCAUUUACCGCCGGGUGAUUUCCCAAAUGUAGAUAGCUUUAGACAGGCUCUAAACGGUUACAAUAUAGACAGAUUUGAAAGAGUGAAGUCGAGAAUGAUACAAGCUGUUGAUGACAUGCUCGCUUAUGAUAUCCCGAAUCUUUUGAAAACCUUCAGAAAUCCGUAUGAAUGAUCGAGGAGUUUUAGAGAAGUUCAAUCAAUGUAUAGAAUGAUGAUAUUAUGUCACCCAUCUGCAGGCUUUGAGAUAACUUGCAGCAAGGGAGUUAGGACCAUUUCAUGUUUAUUUUUCAGUUUUAGUGAGGGGGUAUAUGUCAUUUUUGUUAGGAGUAUGCGAGCAUGGUGGUUUGCAAUUUGCUCGAACAGUUGACGUCCUUUCAACUGUAUUAACAGAAAAAGUAGCAUAGUAUAGAGGUUCUUACAAAUUCCACUUGGAGGAGAUGAUGUCAUGUAUGGUUAUUCGGUAUACAAUAUAAUUGAAGUUGAUGUUGGUAUC